GGCAGCAGUGUUUCAACAAUUACAUCCACGAUUUGGUUAGGCGUUUUAUGGGGAAUCCCGAGCUGGACUGGGAGAGAAACUAAGCGAACUCCGGCGAAGGAAGCCGAAGCUUCGGCGUCAGUUUAGCGGUGGCGGCAGCGCGGCGUCGGCAUGGACGUGAAGACGAAGAAGAAGGUGGAGGAGACGGUUCUGGAGAUCCUCCGGGGCUCCGACAUGGAGUCUGUCACGGAGUACAAGGUCCGCGCCGCGGCCGCGGACCGCCUCGGCAUCGAUCUCUCCGUCCCCGACCGCAAGCUCUUCGUCCGCGGCGUCGUAGAGAGCUACCUCCGCUCCCUCCCCUACGAGGAGGAGGAGCAGCAGCAGGACGGCGCCGGCGAGGAGGGGAAGGACAAACAGGAGGAGGAGGAAGAGGAGGAUGAAGAGGAGGAGGAGGAGGAGAAGGGUGACCGGAAGAGGGAGUACGACGACCUCGGCGACCUUAUCCUAUGCCGCCUGUCGACCAAGAGGAGGGUGACGCUGUCGGAGUUCAAGGGCCGGACGCUGGUGUCGAUCCGCGAGUUCUACUUAAAGGACGGCAAAGAGAUGCCCACCUCCAAAGGAAUAAGUAUGACAGUUGAGCAAUGGGAAGCAUUUCGCAAUGCUGUACCUGCAAUAGAGGAUGCCAUCAAAAAGGUUGGAGAAGCAUCAGACUGAACCAUAUUUUACAACCUUGUUUUGCCUGUAUCAAAUUUGAAGGCCCAUUCUGGCCCUUGUAACCCUUUACAAGGGCCAUACGUGACUUGCAAGUGCCGUGGAGCUACUAGAGUUCCUAUGAACUUUUGUAAAAGGAUUCACUUAGUCAAGCUGCUUAGUGCCAUGUGUAGGGUCGACAGUUGGGAAUAUUUGCUAACAAGUUAUCCACCACUUUAGUGGCUUGAAGUUUUGCUUGUUA